AUGACACAAACUGAUGGUGUUCUCCAAGGAAAUCCUUUGCUGGAAGGUCUACCAAGAGGCAAUGUGACAUUGACAUGUACAUUUUCAAAGGACGAAACAGAUUACAUUUUUUGGUACAAACAAACCCUUGGAAAGGAGCCUCAUGUCAUAUUAAAGUCUCAUCUAGCCUUGGGUGUUCUUUACAGCUUCAACCCAAAGCGUUACAAAGUGCAAGCUCAGCAGGGGAACAAUCAUUUAAUAAUCUUGAGUUCAGAGCCAUCAGAUUCAGCUUUAUAUUACUGUGGAAUAUUGAAGGAUCGUGGAAUUUUAUUUGGAGCUGGAACCUUUCUGAGGAUAAAGGAUUCUGAAGAACAGCAGUCCAGCAGCAGGACUGUGGUGCAGCAGCCUGUGUCAGACCCAGUACAUCCAGGAGACUCGGUGACUCUGCAGUGUACAGUAGACAGUGAGACCUCUGCAGGAGAACACAGUGUUUACUGGUUCAGACACGGCUCAGGAGAAUCCCUUCCGGGACUCAUUUACACCCAUGGAAACAGGAGUGAUGAGUGUGAGAAGAGCCCUGAGGCUGGGUCUCCUACACACAGCUGUGUCUACAGCCUCCCCAAGAGGAACCUCAGGCGCUCUGAUGCUGGGAUUUACUACUGUGCUGUGCUCACAUGCGGGGACAUACUGUUUGGAAAUGGGACACAGCUGGGCAUCAAAGAACCUGCUAUGAAUGUGCUGGUCUUUGGUUUGGGAACAGCACUAGUCAUGUGCGUGAUUGGAAACUUCUGCAUUCUUGUGUGCAACAGAAAGAAAAAAUGCUCUGAACAUUGUUCAGCACUUUGA